GUGGAGCCCCCUAUGGGUGAUGUGGAGUACCUGACUGCCUUCAGGACUGUGGUGAUGCCCAUCGCCCAGCAGUUCAGCCCAGAUGUGGUCCUGGUGUCCGCAGGCUUCGAUGCAGUGGAGGGUCAUCAGUCUCCUCUUGGAGGCUACAAUGUUUCCGCCAAGUGUUUCGGUCGGCUAACGCAGAUGCUGAUGGGUCUGGCGGGUGGGCGGGUUGUCAUGGCGCUGGAGGGUGGUCAUGACCUCACCGCCAUCUGUGACGCAUCCGAGGCCUGCGUCUCUGCACUUCUAGGAGAUGUGUGUGAGUCUGUGUGUCAGUGGCCUCAGGAGAAGCCGUGUCCGAAAGCCUGCGCCUCGCUGGAGAGAGUAAUAGAAAUCCAGAACAAACACUGGCCUUGUCUUCAGAGUUUGUCUCAGACCAGUGGCCACUCGCUACUGGACGGCCCCCUUGGUGCUCAGGGCCAAUCGGAGAAGGACGAGGCAGAAACAGUCAGCGCCAUGGCGUCGCUGAGUGUCGACGUCGAGCAGCCAGGCUCCGUUCCUGGCGACUCGGAAACCGGCAGGUCCACGGAGGAGCCAAUGGAAGAAGAGCCUGUGUUGUAGGAGGAGCUUAAAGCGGAAGCACACGAAAAUUCCACAUUCACCUCCUUCUAGCACCUCCUCCUCCUCUUCCUUUUCUUCUUCCUCCAUGGAGUUUGUGUCGCUACACACGCACAGUGGAAUUGUGCUGUUGAGGAGGACUCCGAUAGGCUGAGGAGAACAUUACGGAGGCCAGAGAGGGCGGGCACAUCUCUGCUCUGAUGGUUUAUCAGCCCAAGGAGGAGCAGAUGAUCUGGGGGGGGGGGGCAGCAGGACCUGCACACAGCACCACUGAACUCCCCCCUCCACCUUCAACCAUUCUUCUGUCUUUACACACUCGGGACGAGGACUGUGGGGGAACCGUAGUUUGAAUCCCAACUAAAAGUGGGACUCCAGGCAGACGACUUGUCUUCUUGUGUGUCUGACGCUGCACCAGAGAGACGGAGCGAGGGAGCGAGGGAGCGAGGGAGCGAGGAGGAACGAGAGAUUUUUAAAUGAGCGAAGGAGGAGGAGGAACUAGGUGCCUUUUAUCCACAAACCAUCCAGAAACCACAAACAGCACCGUCACCGCAGCACCUCAGCAAACCAACCAGCCAAUCAAGACUGAAAACACACACACACACAC